CAGCGAUUCAAACAAACGUGAAAAAAAGACUCCCUGAUGGAGGGAAAAAAAUAAAUAAAAAAUACCUAAAGCCGAUUUACUAUGCAACCCACCCCCUUAUCACCCCCCCAUUGUAGAGAAAGGGGGGGGGAGUGACUGACAGGCUAACCUACCCAGACAGGUGCCUGUGUUAUGGUUUGAAAGGCGCUCUGUGGAGCCGCUGAGCCAAUCCCCGGGGUAGGUGGGCGGGAUAGAGGUAAGUUCUCCUCCUUCCAGCCCCCCAGCAGGUCGUAGCGGUGAAUAGAUAAGAGGCGGAGGGAUCCUAUCCGGUUUGAACUAGUUCUGUGGCUGGCAUAUUAACCGCUUGCAGACGCUGGGGAUCGAGGUAUUCUUUGUGAGGACUCCAUCUGCAGGAGGGAAGGAAGGGAUUUGCUACGCUCUCUGCCGUGCACUCAGGCGUCCAUUAGUGCUGGAGGCUGCAGCGGGUGCAGGAUUACCCCUCUCUCGAUAAUAAAACAAAAAGCACAAACUCCUCACCAUGCCCAAGAGAAAGGUAAGCCCCCCCGGCAGGCAUGGCGCUGCGCGGGGUGAUCAGCCCUCCUACUCCCGCUUACUAUCGGCGAGGGCGAGCUGCGUGGAUGCCGCGGCGGAGGAGCUCGCAGGAGGUUUGGCGCCCACGGCGGGUUCUCCUCGGGAUCCCAGACGGCGCGCAAUCCGGUGACCCGAUCCUCUCCGAUGGCGCGCAGUCCGGUGACCCGAUCCUCUCCUCCGCCGGAUCCCGAUGGCGCGCAGUCCGGUGACCCGAUCCUCCACCGCCGGAUCCCGAUGGCGCGCAGUGACCCGGUCUUCUCGCGGCGGGUACUCCUCGGUGACCGAGCUCCCGGAUACCGGAUUUUCUGCACCCGGUUCCCUCGGCUUAUAUUUUUUUUUUUCUAAUUUUUUUUUUUUUUUUUUGCCGCCAAAUUUCCCCGUAGCGGGCUCCAUUGUUCGCGGCUCCCGGUCCAUUGUGUUCGCUCCGCGCAGCUCCUGCGAUGUCACGGCGCGCGGUGUAUCUGGGUUUAUAAAGACAUUUUACCUCAGGAUUUUGUUUUAAAUUCCGUUUUUAUUACAAUUUCGCUUAUUUUUGGUGUUUGCGGAUUCUGACCGGGUGACAUUCGGUGUAUUUAUACGUUUAUUAUAGUUUUUAUAUAUUUUUUUUUCCUGUGUGGAGAUAAGCCAGGAUGGCGGGAGUUUGAGGCGAUGGAUUUAUCUUAUUAUCCUGAGUGUGCUGCAAUGGCGCGGACUCUGCUCGGGAUGAGCUGCUCUCUGGCUGUCUCCCUCCUCCUUUCCUCUCCCCCCGGUGGCGGGUUCUCCUCUGAGAUCUCCCGCGCUCACUGGCCAGCGCGCGGCGGGGAGGUCCGCCGUUCUAGAACGUUCCGGGUGGCCGCGGCCAAUGGGCGCGCGAGGAUGCUCUGACGUCACGGCCUAUCGAGUCCGUCUCACACACCCCCCUCUUUAUUAUUUUUUUGUGUCUCUGUGAUGGUUGACCCUGCCUGGGAUCAUCGUCUUGUUAUCCAGUACAGGGAGGGCAUGAUCCAUCUCUCUUUUUAACCAGGGGGGGGGGUGUGGUGACCAGUGUUGGCGUGCCCGCGCGCUGGGUGUCUUGUUUGUUUAUGAGGCGACUUGCAUUCUUCCAACGCGCACACCCUCCCUUUUUUUUUUUUUUGUAAUAGUUGGUCUCUACCAUAGAUGUAUUAGUAGUGUACUCAGGCAGUGCGCAGCGCCAUCUGCUGGCUCGCUGUCAGUGGAGGACCGUUCAACUUGUUGCACUAGGCUGUGUUGACUUGCCCAAGGUCAGGUUUAUUUAUUUAAUAUUGUUUUAGGGUUGAUGUAGUCUGUCAUGUGCAUUAAAUAUUUGGGUUUUUUUGUUUGUUUUUUCUAAAAAAAAAUUAUUAUUUUUUUUUUUUUUUCUCACAAUUAGGUCAAUGCCGCUGAUGCUGGAGAUGCAAAAGAUGAGGUAAAUACAUUUUUAUGUAUUUUUAUUUAAAAAAAAAAAAAAUUAUAUGUAUUUAGAUAUUUGUUUAUGGUAUCUGUGUUGGAGGUUUUUUUAAAUUUAAAAUUUUCUGAUUGUAUUUUUGUUUUUCUAGCCCAAGAGGAGAUCGGCACGGUUGUCGGCUGUAAGUAACCUUCUCCUUGCUAUAGAUUAUAUAAAAUGUGUCCUUGGUGACUUGGUUACAAUCUCUAAAUGUAUCAUAUGGAUUUUGUCUUGCAGAAACCAGCACCACCAAAAGCUGAACCAAAGGCAAAGAAAGAGAAAGCUGUAGUAAAGGUAAAUUAGUUUUGUAGCCUUUGAAAGGGUGCAACAUAGGACUGUAGUUAAAGGGACACUAGUCACCUGAACAACUUAAGCUUAAAGGGACACUAUAGUCACCUGAAUGUUAGCUUAAUGAAGCGGUUUUGGUGUAUAGAACAUGCCCCUGCAGCCUCACUGCUCAAUCCUCUGCCAUUUAGGCGUUAAAUACCUUUGUUUAUGAACCCUAGUCACACCUCCCUGCAUGUGACUUGCACAGCCUUCCAUAAACACUUCCUGUAAAGAGAGCCCUAUUUAGCCUUUCUUUAUUGCAAGUUCUGUUUAAUUAAGAUUUUCUUAUCCCCUGCUAUGUUAAUAGCUUGCUAGACCCCCUGCAAGAGCCUCCUGUAUGUGAUUAAAGUUUCGAUUUAGAGAUUGGGAUAUAAUUAUUUAAGGUAAAUUACAUCUGUUUGAAAGUGAAACCAGAUUUUUUUUCAUGCAGGCUGUCAAUCAUAGCCAGGGGAGGUGUGGCUAGGGCUGCAUAAACAGAAACAAAGUGAUUUAUCUCCUAGAUGGCAGUGAAAUUGCAGGGGAAUGAUCUAUACACUAAAACUGCUUUAUUUAGCUAAAGUAAUUUAGGUGACUAUAGUGUUCCUUUAAAGUGUCAUGGGCACCAUGGAAGCAUAUGUUAAAGGGUAUGUUAUAGUGCCAGGAAAACUAACUCUCACACAUUCAAAUCGUCCAUAGGAAAGCAUUACUCAAUACUUUCCUGUGGAUGUUCAGCGUGUCCUCCAUGUAAUUUCACAUUGAGGAUUGCGGAAGCGUCCUCUAGUGGGUCUCAGGGAGACUGCCACUAGAGGCUGGAUUAACACUCAAUGUAAACAUGGCAGUUUCUCUAAAACUGCUAUGUUUACAGCUGCAGGGUUAAAACUAGGGGGACAAGGCACCCAGACCACUUCAUAGAGCUGUAGUGGUCUGGGUGCCUAUAGUGGUCCUCUAAUCUUCCUGCGUCACCAAAACUGGUGUCUCUGACACAAACUCCAAUGGUGUCUUAGUUUACAUCCGUUACAGCUACACUAUCAAUAACUGCUUGUCGCUGUUGUGUAUAAAUCGGUUAUAAGGUUUUGUCCCUUGUGCAUGCUGUCUAUAUGAACUUGCUUUAUUUGCAAACCUUGUGAACUUGGCUUGGUAGUUGGCUAUCCCUUCUAUUGGUCACAUACUUCCGUAUCAGAGCAGGUUUAGUUGAUUAAAAGGUUUUUCUCUUGCAUUGGACCAUAAAACGUAAUACAGCUCUUGAUAUGCUUUGAUGGUUUUUAGUCCAUGAAUCAAAUGAGUUGUGGAUCUACCUGUUUGGUUUCCCUACUUUGAGCUGUAACUGUUAAAGUUGUGGUUUUUUUUUUUUUUGGGGACUGGCAUUGCCACUUCAUGUUCCUGUUAAGACGCAUUACAGGAUUUAGUUUAUUUGAUCCCUGGUAUCGAGUUGUAUCAGUAAAGUAGUUCUCUGCAGAGUACAAUUAAACUGAUGUAUACCUGAGGAAUAGUCUUGAAGGUUUGAGCUGUUUGCCAUUGGAAAUAGUCUAUUCUUGUGUAUUGCCUUUUACAAGGUUUGCAAUGUUGGAUGAGCGUUUUCUAACUUUUUUUAUUUAUUUUUUUUUUAAGGAGAAAUCAGAGGACAAAAAAGUCCCAGCAAAAGGAAAGAAGGGAGCCAAAGGCAAACAGACUGAGGAAGCUAACAAAGAGGAAGCUAAGGAAGACCUGCCAUCUGAAAACGGAGAGACAAAAAGUGAUGAGGUUGGUUAAUUUUGGGGUGUAGUUAUCUGUCAAAGUAACCCUGCAAUCUAGUGGUAGCGUGGUUUGACUGCUAUUGCUAAAGCAAAUAUUUCAUGAUGCAUGCUCCAUAUUGUCAAUGAUUUAUACAAAGUGUACUUAUGCCUAGAUGUGACCGCUUUAAAAUUUGUUCCAUCUAACUUUCAUCCUAUAUAGCUGAUGCUAAAAAGUAGACCACAACCCUUACACAAAUGUGAAGGCAAACUGGACAUGUUGGUCUUUAAGGGCAUAGUUAUACAAUUUUUUUUUAUUUUUUUUAAAUGUUUAUCUUGUGAACUGAUGGAGCGAUGAUAUAAAUCUUGUAAGUGUCAUGUCUAUCUUUCCCAUGGGGCUCUGCAGCAGGGUCCUCACAUCUAGGCAUACACCAGGCUGGAGUAUAGCCUCUGGCUCUCAAGUCAAAUGGAAGGGGCCAUGAUUCUAUGUAGAGCCACAUGGGAGGCCUAGUUUAAAAUGGAUUGCAGCUGUUUGUGUUUCUAGGUUUUAUUACUACCUGCAUUCCUUGUCAGCAGUUUCUUUUAGAGAGCAUGACCUCCUUUUAUACAAGCCAAAUAGUAGUUCAAAUUGCUAAAAUGGCUUUGUGGGGUUGGCUUUUUUUUUUUAUUUUAUUUUUUUGCAGUCUCCUAAUCUGCUGUUCUUUCCUGUCAAAAUAUUUUGAUGGUCUCUGUUAAAUGCCACCCCUUUAUAGCUGUAAAAAUGUACCGUGCUGCAGAAUAAGUUGACAAAAAAAUAUAUAUACUAUGUUUAUUCCUUUUUGAGAUGUCUUGUGUCUUAACUUUCUCCAGUAAGCAAUACUUAAACAUCUUUCUCUUUACUCUAGGCUCCAGCUUCUGAUGGAGGAGACAAGGAAUCAAAGUCUGAAUAACUCAUCUUGUAACAAGUCUUUUAUCAGUGGUUCCUGUACCUCCCUUGUACAAUUCAGAGGAAUAUUUUUAUCAACUAUUUUGUAAAUGCAAGUUUUUUAGUAGUUUAAUUCUAGAAAACACAUUUUUAAAAUAGGGAAUCCCACCACAGAUUUUAUUUUAAAUUUUUCUUUUUUGUUAUGUUUUUAUUUGGAUGUAAUUAUUGCAUUUCCUAAGAACAGGUUAGCAGUCAGUACCAGUUUUCAGCUGUCUGGGGGGUGUUACAUGUUUUUACUCUGGGGAGUGCGUCUCAGGCUGAUAUUAUUCAGACGCCCGUGAUAAUGACUGUUUGAAACCUGCCUUUUGCGCGGGUUGCUUGUAAAACUGACUGCUGUCACUGGUACUCAAAACGGUUCAAUUUUUAUUUUUAAUGUCUUAACAUUUUAACUGUUCUGUACCCCUUGUCUUGCGUACAAUUUUACAACUUAAUAAACUCCCCUGGUGACGGAUAUCCCUCUAAGAAUUGUGUACUAUCUGUGACGAUGUUAUUCAUUUUUUUUUUUUUUUUUUCUGGGUAGUGGUAUUUUAUUUUCAGUAACUUUGUAAAAGUGCUGUGAAUCUUUGGGGAAAACCUCCUUUGCGUGUGUAGUGAGUUUGAUGUGAAGUACUGGCAAGCAAAGCAUGACAGAUCCAAUGUCAACCCCUAUCUUCUAAACUUUUAUUAUUAUUUUUUAUUUUAUUUUUUCUCCUAUGGUGGCUGAAAAAUUACUGUUGGCCUCCUUGGGAGAGAAUGAUUUGUACUUAAAGCAUCCUAGAUGCUGGUACGAGGGGUGCUAGUUUAUUUUCUACAAAUCGGCUUUGUUUUAACUGAAAGCUGGAAAAGCCGCUACAAUAUGGAUUCAAAUACAUUAAACUACAUGUUUUUAUUCUAGAUUUCCAAUUCUAACUAGAGUUUUAAGAAAAAAAAACAAAUUGUACAGCUUGUUCAUAGUGUCUGUGUACUUAUCACCAAACCAAUAAAACCUGGUUGAAAUGUUUUUUGUUGCACUGUAAUUGUCGAAGCACUGUGUCAAAAGUUUUUAUAACAAAAAAGUUUACCAUUUUAAUAUGACUGAAUAGCUGUCAAUUCUUCAGUUUAAAAAAAAAAAAAAAAA